AAUGUAAAUUUUAAUUAGAUUCAAAUAUUACUUAAUUAUACACGUAUAUAUACAUACAUGUAUAUAGAGAUAACUGGAUAUUAUAGAAGUGCUUAUUUCUUCAACAACAAUUUGCUUUUUAAGAGUUGUAGUGCACGGCUGAUAAGAUUAAAUAUGCGCAAGUUAAACAGUGAAUUAGGCCAGCUUCCUAUUUGCUUCUACUUUUAAUAUUGUGUAUACACGGAAACUAACGGAAUAUACCGAAGUUUCACGAACUUAUGACGAUCAAAAAACUAAAUAUAGAACUAAUUGGAGUUAUAUACAUGAAUGGCAUGUGGGAUGAGAUGAGAUGAGCUUUUGGACAUUAUUAAAUGAGUAUUUAACUCGUAUGAUAAAAUAUCACGACAGUGAACAUACUUGACAAACAGAAAAACCCGGAUGUUUUAAACAAAGUAGUUCGAAAACUGUAACUAUACAUGAAUCAGAAGGAAUUGAGAAGAAUCCAGAGUGUGUUCUAUCUAUACCGGUCAAUAUUUACGACAUGUCAGUGUGCGGAACCUAUAUCGAACUCGUCACAUAGAGACACCAUGCGAUAUAAACCAGGCACAUUUAAUCUACUAAUUGUAUUUGAUCAACUUAGUUGCAUUUAAUCAACUUAAAAAAACACCAUUAACCUUAAUACCAAUAUAGAGACGGAGUCUCUCAAAUGCAUGUGAAAUUGUUACUUGUUGUAGCAUUUUUGGGAGAAAAAUGUCCGUAAGGGGUGUGCAUGCAUGUUCGUAACAGCAAAUUUAAUAUCUGAAAUGAGGAUUUCUUUUGGGAAAUUUAUACGUUUGAAACUGCCUUGCCUUUUCGUAUUUUUCCUUUUCCUGGUAUUUUACAUUUCUGGAAGUUUAUACUGGAUUUUUACUGAGAAUUAUUUGGGACAGUAUAAUUUUGUGGAAAUAAACAAAUGUCCGGUUUGUUAUGGCGAUUCUCUAUGUCAAACGUUACUCAAAAAUCAAGUUCAGCUUUCAAACAUAGCUAAAGUAAGACUUCUUGAUAUUUUUGGAACUAAUGCUGAACGAAUUCAUCAUGCAACAUUGAAUACUAAAAAUCUUGGUAAACAGGAAGUUGUGCUUAAAAAGCUUGGAACGCACCAUGAUCUCAGUGACUUAGACGCUUUAAUUUGUUCAAAAGCCAAGAUGGCGGAAAACUGUGACGUUUCUCUUGCCGUUUCAAGAUUGUCAUUUGUCAAACAAAGUGGAGAUGAUUCUAAAUUCGCAAAAUAUCUGCGAGGGUCAUCCAAAAUGUUUUUCUGUCCGUCCACAAGACUCGUAUCAGAACUGUUUAGCAAAUAUAAGGAAAGGUCAUCCGACGAUGAAAUGAUGGUAAGGGAUAGGGUCAAAAUUUGGUCAACGGCUGUCAUCAAUCAAGAGCCACUCUUAUUACAGAUGUUUCCGGUAGCAGAUGGUUGGCCUUUUCCGGAGUAUUUUGGAGCUUGUGGCCGAUACGUUGCUGUGGGAAACGGAGGAAAACCGUUAUCUGAAUUUUAUAACGCUAAUUGGUCAGCGAGGGCAGAUAUAGCUUACAAGCUGGUAAAGAUAGCAGAUGUGCUCACAAAUAACAAGGCUGACUUUGCCCUUUAUCUCACUGACGUCACCGAUGAUAACUUCGCGGUGAAUGAUGACGGCAAAGUGACGUUGAUAGAUCUGGAAGACGUACUAGUCGUAGAUAAAUUAGCCGUCAAAUCCGCUAAACUUCCGGGAUGGCAAGAUGUCCAUGAAAGUGUUUUUGUCGACUGUCCAGGAAAAAGUUUUAAAUCAUGCCAUUCCUUUUCCGAAGUUAAUUUAUGUAGUCACAUGACUUCAGAUCAUAACUAUUACGCCAUCUGCCGGUAUAUACUGACAAGACACUAUAAUAAUAAAGGUCAAAGUUUGAAAAAUGGACUGCUUCACGAUAUUCCGCAAAAUGUCAACGAGGAAUGGGACCUUGAAUAUUUACUCAAUGAAUGUGUUUCCCCGAAAAGACAAAGGGGUCGGAUACAGGUCGUACAUAAAAUACUUGAAGCAUUAGAUAACAUAAGAAGGUUAUGAUAGACCCAACAAAUUAUUUGAUAUUGUUACUUCCAUGUCAUCCGUUAAAAAAUCAAAAGCCCGAAGGUAUUCGAAAUUGUACUCCUUGCACCGGAAAGAUUCAUUGGAAUGAAUGAUCUUCAAUGACAUACGCUGAGUUGACAUCCGGGCAUUCCUUAACAGGAUAUUGUUCGCAUUUAUGCUCUUUUUGCAUUUUAGUCAGUUUGACGGCCCCCUUUUUGUGUCUUACUGACAAGUAUCUCGGUAAAUAUAUAAUGUUUGUGGUGCUAUGUUGCGAAGCACUAUCAGAAAAAACAAUGAGACAGAAUUGAUAAUUUAUAUAACAUUAAUUGUGAUUACAGGAAAAAAUAUGUUAAAAGAAAUUGACCUCGUAAAAUUGGCAUGUAUAUGCAAUUAUCUUAACUUUCGAGGAUGUUUCAGCGUUUGUAAGACUAGGAGGAGUCUAAAGAGUCUUGUCAUCUAGAAGCUUUUCAAUUAUAUAACAUAUCUCGGAAAGUGCCGAAGUAAGCCGAAAAUGUAUGGGCUCUCGGUAGAGAUAAUUAAUUACAUUUCUGGCGAGAACUCGCCCUCUAUUGCAUAAAUCGAUUGGCUUUAUGCAAAUGACGACGUACAUACACUGUGAUAAAAUUAUGUAUUGUUUUCUACGUUUAAUAUUUUGUAAAUGUGCUUGCUUGUCUAUUUUGUAAUAAUUGACCAGUAAAUAUGUAUGUCAUACUUUAUAUUUAUCGAAAUGGAAAACGAUUAAAUACUUUAAAUUUGUGAUUAAUGGCAAACUUCUCUAUGAAAAGCGUUACUACAAUGGAAGAUAUCUGAUGCCUUAUUCAAACAAAAUAAAAUUGAUAAACACAAA